GCAAGGUGCCAUGAAUGAUUGGGUUUGGUUUUUAUGGAUCACCUUUGGCAAGUUGCAACACAGCUGACAACAAGCCCCCGGGCGAGAGCGAGACGUGAGCCUGGUGGAAGAAGGCGCGCCCGCCCGCCCGCCGGCCUCUGAAAUGGAAGAAGAAGAGGUGGCGGACCACAACUGCCAGCCGCCGUGGCGCCGCACGGUGGCCGUGCAGGCCGCGCUCUGCCUCGCGCUCUACGCGGCGUUCAGCAUCGGCGAGCAGCAGCUCUUCCCGCGGGGCGGGGGCGGGGUGGACGCGCUCGGGCGGGGCGCGCGCGGCGGAGGCGUCGCCUUCCUCAGCGUCGCCGGCGGAGCGCGGGCGCCCGCCGAGCAGGCGAGGCUCCUGAGGCAGAUGGAGACCAUAGCAGAGGUUUAUGAAGUCAAGCUCGUGUUGGAUGUCGCUCAAUUUGGAGAGGAUGACCCACUUUGGCAAAAUGGUUCCUUGUACUUCCAAGCUCUGAAUAUCCCCUGGUAUUACACUACGUCGUCACAAGGGCGGACAGUCGGUAACUUUUUGAAGAAAGUGAAUAUGUCAUAUGAUCAGGUUCUUGAUAUUAUUGGUCUGGACACAGGGUCUCUGCAGGAACCUCUACACGAUGGUAAAGUAAGCGCUUCUUAUAGGGAACAAACCAAAUGGUUGGAGAGAUCACUAGCGCUGACCGGCGGUAAUUGGAAAAUAGUUGUUGGAUAUAAUCCAUUGAUUGUUUGCAAUGACGCGGAAACACCAGAAACAACAAAGUUCUACGCGCCAUUUCAGCGUACUUUUGCAAAAUAUGAAGUGAACGCAUACCUAAGCACGGGAGGGUUUUGUGGAUACUUCCACCGAGACAAUUCAAUGUUGUACAUUGGAAAUCCUAGUCCUGGUGAUAACCAAACAAACGUAGAUGGUUUCUUCUUGCACAGGGUUAGCCCCAUAGAGAUGGAAUCAAUGUUGAUGAAUGUAGAAGGCAAGGUGAUUCAGAGAUCGGUAGUUCACCAGCAUGGAACAGGAGCCAUGUAAACUUCGUCGUUUCAAUUUCUGGUCCAUAACGCCAUAGUGCUGAUUCUCUAUGCACCAUUGCGGGAUUGUAUUUUCUCUAUAGAACAAAAGAUACAUACGAUGGAAUUGAAUGGACGCUGCAUUUGUUUGUUUGUUU